AACAGUCAGUAAUGAAGGUAUGUUGUCGACGUCAACCAAGAACUUCACGUGAAAAGUUUCAGCUAACGAUUCUCUGACGAUGCCGACGCUAGCGCCACCGUCUUCGUCGCUCUUCAGCUCCGUCGUCUCGCAGGCCUCCGGUGUGCAGACUGUACGAGAGCGUCUGCUGUCGACUGCGCCUUCUAUCGGAGAAGUGGAAGACCUUGACGAUACCGAGACCGUCGAUUUGCACUCUCUAUCGUCGUCCACACACUCUGCUUGCGAGUCCUGCGCCCAAUUGGAGACGGACUUUGCAGGUGCCGUGCUCUUUGUGGAGAGCUACCACGGCCCGCACCGCAUUUUAACACAGGAGAACUCGUCACCUAGGAAGGACUUGUACGCCUAUUAUCAGCAGGCUACGACUGGGCCGUGUCCGACAACCACACCGCCCGCUGGACUAAGCAAACUCGAGCUGUCCAAAUGGUGAGCUUUAAACCUGGACUUGUUGGCCAAAUUCCAGAUGCUAACUAGGUGGUGUUUGUGGCUAAACAGGGAGAAAUGGCGCAACCUUGGCAACAUGACGCGCCAGGAAGCCAUGAAGCGCUAUACGACGGCAUUGGACAACCUGGUUGAUGACUGGCGUCGCAGCGCCAAUUUGCGCAAUGCUAUGGACACAAGAAGCAGCUCAAUGGGGGCGAGUGAUGCCUCCAUUGUCCGGUCGCCGUCUGAUGCGGGUUCUGCCACGCCUAUCCGUGUGCAGAGAUCUACUAGCAUGCUUGAGCGCUUGCCCCGCAUCUACGAUGAAUUGGGAGAACUUCAGGAGCGCGUCGAGGAUGAGGCCAAGAAGCGCGAGGAGCUGGAAGAGCACUUAUUGCACUUCACGCGCGACAACCGCUCCAUGUUAAAUGAACAACUCGAGCAGAUGGAGCAGAUCCGCAACAGUUUGGUAUCGCUGGUCAAGAACCUGGAGGACGAUGUUGUCCAGCACUCGACCGAGCUGCAGCGGUUGACGCUGCGUCAACAGGAGGUGGCUGUACGCGCCGAGAACUCAAUGCUGCUUGCAGUGGAAGCCCGUGUGCGUCAGAUCUUCCUGGUUGUGCGGGGCUGGGUUCAGAACCGCAUGUUCCGUGCCGCGCUCAUUGUGCUUGUUGGUGUGCGCGUGUGGCACUUCCUGCGUCGCCGCCGCCUCCCUCAGUUCCUAGCACAACUUCUCAUCCGCUGGUUGGCCAAAGUGUCGUCACUGGACGGUGGCAACGCGCCGCAGCUGGCCAACUCUGCCGCAUCUCGACGCUACGUGUAGCCUAGCGUUUUUCUCUUCACUAUUUCCUUGUCCUCAUUACGGGCAUAUCUAUUGUGCAUGUUGCCGUGUGUCGUUAAUGUAUUCCCAACCUUCAUGUUCCCAA